CCGAUUGUGUCGCGGUGACAAACAACCCGGAGAGGAGAGGAUAUAGCAGGAGCAAGGGACUGGAGUGGAGCAGCAGCGGUGGGGGGCAGGUCGUCACCCGGAUACAGACACAAAACUUUUUCGAGUGCCCCAGUCCCAGUAGCAGCAGCAGCAGCAUCAGCAUCCAUUAAAGUUGGACAAAUAUUUGUUGUGAAAAUAUAUAUCACCAUAAUUUCUGGGACUCCUGGACUCGUUACGGGAUGUGGGCGCGCAUUUUGACUUCCACAUGGAUUUGGCACAAGAAAACAGGCAACGAAAUUGGUAAAGUUGCAUAAUUACGACACGCACAUGAACACACAUGAGAGGCGACGAGUUCGGGCGUUGCUGUGAUGCACUGCAGCAUUUUGGCCAGCUUUGGGCUCGGGCACUUUGAUUGCGGCCGCCGCCAUGGAAACGUGUCGCACCUGUGCGAUUUCCAUGUUUGUGUGCGAUUUCGAAAAUGGCAGCAACAACUUCCUGGACCUCUACCAUUCCAACUGCUGGCCAAGCGAAAUGGCCCAAAUACGCCAGCAGUUCCUCAACUGGAAUUUAAAGAUCUCACCUAAUGAUGGGCUGCCCCAGAAGAUUUGUAGCGACUGCUUCACCAAGUUCUGCUCCAUCCAUUCUUUCCGCGUGGCCUGCCAGGAGGCGCAGGUGAAGCUAUCAAACAUUUACGACAAGAUCGAUGCCAGCAGCUUGGAGGAUGGGCAGCAGGAGGACUUGGACCAAGAAGAGGAUCCUUAUGAUCCAGGGACAACCAUAAUAACAACAACAACAACGACGGUUUCAGCCGAAACACAACCAACAAACACUGCCACUGAACCCAUACAGUUUUUUGUGGAUGCCCUAGACAUCGAAGAAGAAUCGGAAGAGGAGGCGGAGACAGUGGAAGCCAAGGCGGAGGAGCAAUCACCGGAGGAAUCUGCCCCCCCGGAACUGACCAUUAGCUAUGCCUGCAAGUUUUGCCUGCAGCCGCAGGAGAGCUAUCAUCUGCAGCAACAUUUACUGGAGCACAUCAAUGCCACCCAUGAUCCAGAGCAGCCGUACAACUGUCCGGAGUGCGAGGCGCGAUUUCAAGAUGCUGCCUCCCGGACUGUGCACCUCAAGAGCUGUCACGUAGAGAAGCAGCACGCCUGCGAGGUGUGCGGCAAAAAGUACAGCGAUCGGCACAAUCUGCGCCACCACGUCGAGAAGUAUCAUUCGGAGACGGACUUUGAAUGCGGCCUGUGCGAGAAGCGAUUCUUCACGCGGAAAAGUCUCAACUACCACAUGAAGUGGCACAAUCCGGAGCGCCAGUUCAAGUGCCGUCAGAAUGGAUGUGAGCGUUUGUUCAUCAGCCAGCGGCACCUCAAGUGUCACGAGGCCACGCACACGGGCACUAGUGCCAGGAAGAGUGAGCACUGCGGCUUCUGCGGAAAGACUUUCAUACACCUGAAGACCCUUCGCUGGCAUAUCUACAGGCAGCAUGGCGGCGAGAAGCCCUACAAGUGUGCCAACUGCACGGAGGUUUUCGCAUCAUAUGCGGAGAAACGGAUCCACAUGCUGGAGCAGCACAGGGAGAAUUUGACGGCCAUCGAGCGAAGUGAGUGUAUGCUGUGCCGCCAGGCCUUUACCAGCGAGCAGGAUCUGGUCGUGCACAUGUCCGCCGAGCACUUGCAGCAGGCCGGAGCACCGGUGAUUGCCAACAAUAAGCGAGUGCUCCAGCAGAAGCGGGAGCGCCAGUAUUCCGGACUCUUUCAGUGCGACAGUUGCACCCAGCGGUUCAACAUGAAAUCGGCACUGGAGCGGCAUGCUGCCGUCCAUUCGGAGAAGGAUCGACCGCACGCCUGCCCACACUGCUCGAAGAGAUUCAAGCGGGCCCAGGACAUGAAGUGGCACAUCAAGACGCACGAGAAGGAGAAGCCCAAUGUGUGCGACGUCUGCGGCAAGGCCUUUGCCCUGAAGUAUGUACUGACGCAGCAUCGCUUGAGCCAUGAGAUCUUGGAGAAGAACUUUAAGUGCAACGUUUGCGGUCGCGCCUAUCUGUUUGAGAAGUCGCUGCGGCUUCAUCAGCGGGUUCACACCGGCAAGACCUACUACAAAUGCGAUCUCUGCCAAGAGCGAUUUGUCACACACAUCAAGCUGAAAACUCACAUGCAAAAGACACACGCCUCUCAGCCGAAUAUAGCUGAUCCUCUGGAUGAUUUGAUAAACAUUGUGAUUUCCUAGACAAGUGGAAGUGAAUUAUAAUACACACAAAACUGCAUCGCAUUGGGAGCGUAGCUCUCGCUGACUACUAAACUCGAACCUACUUAGAUCUUAUAGAUAUCGAUUAUACCCUCCAUCCAAUCACUAGACCAUAUGCACACAGGGAUCGAAGAGUCGCGAAGGUGCUGAAGAGCUUUAUCUAGUAUACUCUAUAGGCAAAUACAUCUCACUUUAUUCCCUCUAUUAGUCCAGUCCAAGCCCCAUAUCUAUCUCUGAUUCAUAUUUAUCACGCAGAACGCCUCUUACACUCCAAGCACAUGCAACUAUAUGUGUUGAUUAUCCACUUGACCAUUUGAUGACCAUUUAGCGAUAAGCAAUAAGCAAAGAGAACAAAUGAGAGAUGUUACAAAAGCAAUUAAAGCUUCACGGCAAACUUUUAAUGCUCAACAAAAUGCAUUUAUUCCAGAUGA